AUGUGGGUCAGUCAGUCAGAAAUUUGGACCAGAUGCAACAUCAGUGUACACUUAUUCUAUUUUUUUUCCCCCUAUAGUAUCAGACUAAUUUUAAUACGAGGAAGUGAAACAGUUGGUGACAGUUGCGAUGGCUCCUUAUUGGACUUAAUGUUUGCAUCCCUAGUUCUUCUUCUUGGGCUCGAAACAUUAACAUCAGCAACCAAUGUUGAACGACUAAAGAGAGACAUCAGGCCAUGCUAUGUAUUGCUGGAUGAGUUGCUGUCCCGAGCAAUGGGUUGUGAGGAUCACCAUGGUUUCUCCCACUUGACAGGCUGUGCAGAGUGCCUUAUACCCUCAGAGCAACAUAAUUUGCAGAAUGAACUUGAAAAAUUUGCCGAGGGAGCGGACUCGACAUAUGGGUGCGUGAUGAUGCAAGGGCACGUCUUGUGUGGCACUCGCAACUUUUGGUCGCUGUCCCACACAGAGUUGGUUCUCUUGCCCCUCCUGGUCGCCUCCAAUACAUUCACUGUUGCACGUGACCUACCCAUCUACCUCCCCAAUAAAAGUCCUAAUGUUCCCUUCAGGAUGCUUGUGAUACGACUUACGGGUCUUAUAUCAGUGGUAACGCUGUGUGGUCCAACACCCACGCUGACAGAGAUGAUGCGUGCAGCCUCGUCCUUCUGGGCGCCCUCGUACCAGACACUGGAGGCACUCUCCUCAUUAUUGCCUUGCAACAUUUCACCUAGUCUUCUCUCCCAUCUUGAUAAUGCUAUUAUAGGGCUGAUACUAGUUAAUUAUGACCACAAGAAAUGUGUUAGCUGUGUCCAUCUUAGUGAAGAGUCAAGAUCCAGAUGCUUAAGUGUCAAUAGAAAAGUUGCUGCACUACGCUCUGUUUAUAGAAGUGUUGUCGGGCCUUUACUUCAGCCUCCUGCCAUGCCACCAGAGGACUUCCCAUCAAGGCUGCACCCAGAUCACGUUCCUCUCGAGUCUUACGUCUCCACGGACAACUACAAAGUGUACAUUCUUCAGUCGUCCCCAUACCAUCUCUUAGUACUGUUUCCACCGGCUCUCCCAAUUCAUAUAGCAAGACACUUGAUAUUUCACAAGUACGAAAAGUUAGAGAGGAAAUAUGAGGUAUUGUGGAGCAGACAAGAAGCAGCAUCAAAUUCAGACACCGGAGAAAUUGCAGGUAUUUGAUGAACUGGAAAAGAAAAAAACUUAUGCUGGCAAUAUAUAGUUACUCCUCGACUUAUGAUGAUACAACUUGUGAUAUUUCGACUUUAUGAUGGUGCAACAGCAAUUACUUUGGAGACUAAACUUGAGAUGAUCACCCAACAUGAAGGUGGCAAGUCCAUAACUUGUAGACAUUUUUUUACUUUUCGAAACUGGUAUUUAGUUAGUUACUGUAGUUGUUUAUUUACUUAUUCAGCAACAGUAGUUAUUUAUUUACUUGUUUAGCAUAUAUUCGACACAAUAUUUUUGACUUAUGAUGGAUUUGUCGCAACGUAACCCCACUCUAAGUCGAGGUCCACCUGACCUGUAUGUGAUGGGGACCCAGGCUGAGGUUGUUGCCUUUAUCCUUUAUUCAUUUUUCAUCAAAUACAAUAGCAUGUACAGCUGAACUCGGCUCAGUCGGUGUCAGAGACAUUAUAAACUUACGAUCCUUCUGACCUGACUAACUGUGAAAAAUCUAGCACAGAAUUUUCAACCCUUUAUAAAUGAAUACUACAAAUAAUGAGAUUGAUCUAUGUAUUGCCCAUCACUAACAACAUUGGAUAAUCAAUUUCCACAAAUUAGGAUCCUUGCUAAUUUAAGAGGUCAACUAUAAUUCAAAAUUACGAAAGUAUUUAUAUAUGUGUUAUGAAAAUUUAUUUUAUGCAAAUUAGGAAGACUUUUCUUGUUAAUUUAGAUACGUUACAUGUAAAUGCUAUUCAAUAAAAGUGUAUAUAUUAUGUAUACAGGAUGUAUAAACAUUUUGGCUUAUAUUUACCCCUUGGUCACCAUCUCUAGUGGUUUAGUUGGGGAUGUGAAUCUUGUAACUUUUGAAGAUUAGCAUUUAUUCUCUGAACCAUUUAUCUUCAACUUCUAUUUUAUUUCAUAUUUUUUUCAGGUGUAUUUUAAGAGUGUAGAGCCAACCUUGUAUCUCUGUUAUGUAUUCACAGAGAAGCGCUAAGUGUUUGUUAUACAUCACCUUGGGAAUAGGAGGUAAUGAAGCUUGAUCUGUAGAAGGGAAAGGUAGCUUCAGUUCCUUGGAUCAUAGUCCUUUGUCAGCAUCAAGACGUGUCACACCUUCCUUCAGGGUGACCUUGCAGCUUCAGGGUGACCUUGCAGCUUCAGAGUACCAUUCUUAGAUUUUUUUUUUACCUCAGUGGUUGUUUCCUACCAAGGUAGGGUGUCCCCCCCCCCAAAAAAAAAAAGAAAACACAUUCACCAUUAUUCACUCAAUUGUUGUUUUGCCAGAAGCAUGCUGAUGUCACAUGCCUCCUUCAGAGUGCAGCACUGCACUUCUCACCUCCAGGACUCAAGUUAGGCCAACCGGUUUCCCUGAAUCCCUUUGUAAAUGUCACCUUGCUCACACUCUAACAGUAUGUCAAGCCAUAAAAACUAAUUGCUUUUACUUAGUCAACAGACUUAUUUUAUUUAUUUUUUUAUUAUCACACUGGCUGAUUCCCACCAAGGCAGGGUGGCCCGAAAAAGAAAAACUUUCACCAUCAUUCACUCCAUCACUGUCUUGCCAGAAGGGUGCUUUACACUACAGUAUUUAAACUGCAACAUUAACACCCCUCCUUCAGAGUGCAGGCACUGUACUUCCCAUCUCCAGGACUCAAGUCCGGCCUGCCGGUUUCCCUGAAUCCCUUCAUAAAUGUUACUUUGCUCACACUCCAACAGCACGUCAAGUAUUAAAAACCAUUUGUCUCCAUUCACUCCUAUCAAACACGCUCACGCAUGCCUGCUUUUACUUAGUCAACAGACUUAUCCCUCCCAUAAUUUAUACUUUCACUCUUGUUGUCUUUCCCUUGUACACCAGGACUAUCCACAUUCACUUCCAUUUCUUUAGUACCUUAACUUCUUUUGGGCAUAUAUUCACCAAAUACUUUGCUUUUAUAUUUUUAUUUUAAGUUAUUCUUUUCACCUCAUAGAUUGUAAUUAUGAACUGACUGUGCAAGUUGUGACUUCACUCUGGCAGCCUAAAUACUUUUUGAGCAUCCUGUGAAUAUACUUUGAUGUCUCCUGAACCAGAUGUUUAUCUGGUAGGUGCUGCCAUCUACUUCCAAAGAUAAAGUUCUGGAUGGUUGUUUAUCAGCUGGGUACUCGGACACACAUUUCGUUCCAUGUAUGUGUGUGUCUGGCAAGACAGUGAUAGUGAACGAUGGUGUCACACUACUUCAGUGGAAGAUGCCUAGUGUGUAAAAAAAAAGGUAUACAGCGACCAUAAUAUUGUUUUCAGUGAUAUAUAUUAUAAAAAAAAAUAUUAUAUUUAGUUGAUAGUGUGACUAUAAAAAAUGGGGACUAUACAGUAAUGGUGAAAAUGUUAAAUGAUGAAAGUUUUUUUUUUUCUUUUUUGGGUCUUAGUGAGAAAUGACUGAUGUGUUAAAAAAAAAAAAUUACUUUUCUUUUAUGUAUUAUGUAUAGGGGUCACUACUAUCCAUGGUAGGUCUUGGAGUAUGUCCCACUGGGGAUACAGGAGAACUGUUGUAGUUAAAAAUUGAAAGCAAAAGGUAAAUUCUCUCCUUGUGUUCCAACUUGGUCGCUUUCAUCAGUUUGCAGUUCACUUGUCUCAGAGUCCACCUAUAACUGGAUCUCUGCAUUUUUAUUUAAUUUUUGCAAGUUGCAUCUUGAAUAAAUACGUAAUGUGUGGGUAACAUGCAAUAUCUGUGAAACAAGACACGUGCAGUGUAAGGAUGUGUUUUACUACCAUGAAUGGUUCCUUCAGACUGUAGUGUUUCAUGGCAAAAAAUUUCUUCUAUAAAAUAUGGUAACACUUCACGUGUCGGCAUUUUGUACCGGCUCUUACCCCAGAUUUAAUAUCUGUUGCAUGUAAAAUAUAUAAAAAUAAAGAAUAAUAACCA